CUGGCCUCUCCCAAAACAAGCCACUGCACUGUGCCCAUCUCUCCCCCAGGGGACAGGAGCACGCAACCACCGGUUGACAGAUGUGCCGCCCAUCGCUUAAUGCAGUAGCAGAAGGCGGCUCAGAAUGGGAAAUAGUCCAUCUACUUCAAUGGGAUUGUCUAAUGGUGCUACUGUGAACAAGAUCCAGGAAACCAUUUCGGACAACUGUGUAGUGAUUUUCUCUAAAACAACGUGCGGCUACUGCAAAAUGGCAAAGAAACUGUUCCAGGAUAUGAAUGUAAAUUACACAGCAAUAGAACUAGACAUGUAUGAAAAUGGAAGCCAGUUUCAAGACAUUCUUCAUCAAAUGACUGGUGGCAGGACGGUUCCAAGAGUGUUUAUUAAUGGGGCUUUCAUCGGAGGUGCUACAGAUACUCAAAAGCUUCACCAGGAAGGCAAGCUGCUUCCAUUAGUUCAUCAAUGUCAAAUGAGAACAGCAAAAAAUUCUGAUCUGUCAUGUAGCCUACCUUAGCCUUAGUUAAAAAAGUGCCCCUAAUCUAGAUGUUAGGUACCUAAAAUCCAUCUUUAGGCCUCUAAAUAAAUGGCCUGACUUUCAGAGGUGCUGAGAACCCACAAGGUCUAAAAUUAAGCCAUUUAUUUGGGGACCUAACUAUGAAUUUAGGUGCCAAUUGUUAAGUACCCGAACUUGAAAAUGUAGGCCUACGUGUGCAGCAUGGUCUACUAAACUAACUAGGGUUUGGAGCGAAUAAUUCAUCAAUUUGAAAUCAUUUAUCUAACACAGACAUUACGGCCUUGGGCAAUACUUAAACCCUCCCUGCCUCAG